CGUGACUGCGACUGCUUCAGGAAAGAAACUUGAGCUUUGCUACAUCAGAGGUGACAAGGGAGCGCGCAAACCCAAGCAUACAUCACGAAGAUCACCGCGACCGAGCGCUUUGGUCGCGAUCAUGGCGACUUCCAGAGCGCCCGCGGGUGCAACAAGAGCACCAUCCCACGUUCCCGUCUCUGGCGCACGCAUGUCUCCUUCUCAGCUUGGCGGUCCAUCAUCAUCCUCUUCCGCAGCAGUCGAAGCGCAAGCAGCGGCCGCGGCAGCAGCAGCAGCAGCAGCGACUCAAGACGCCCUCUCCGUCGUCCUCUGUACCGCAGGCUACGACCACACGAUUCGUUUUUGGGAAGCGUGGAGCGGAAUGUGCUCCAAAAUCGUUCAGCAUCCAGAUUCUCAGAUCAACAAGCUGGCCAUAUCCCCCGACAAGAGGUUCUUGGCUGUUGCGGCAAAUCAGCACGUCAGGCUCUACGACUGUGCGAUCGGUGCGCCUGGCGGUAGCAGCGCUGGAGCGGGCGGAGGAGCUGGCGCGGCUGCUACGGGUGGUAGCGGCAAUGCUGGCUUGAAUGCGGGAAGCAAUCCGGUCGCGACCUUUGACGGCCAUGCGGGAAAUGUGACCUCUUUGGCAUGGCACUGCGAUGCAAAGUGGCUAGUGACGGGCUCAGAGGAUGGCACGUUGAAGAUUUGGGAUACGAGGACUUCUCGACCACAACGAGUGUACGAUCAUCAUGCCCCGGUGAACGAUGUGGUCAUCCAUCCGAAUCAAGGGGAGCUUGUCAGCUGCGAUCAGGCAGGCAGCGUCAAAGUGUGGGAUCUGGGCGAGAAUGGCUGCAGUCACGAAUUGGUGCCGGAAGAAGAGGUCCCCAUUCGGUCGGUCACUAUAGCAUCUGAUGGCUCUUGUCUCGUAGCAGGCAACAACAAAGGAAACGUCUAUGUCUGGCGCAUACAGUCCGGAACAUCUGCAAACACCGCAGAUCCGAGCAGCGCGGCGCAGCUGGGAGGGGACGAUGGCAGCAAUGGCAACACGCCCAACACGCCAGGGGGAGACUUUACAGAUCUGCAGCCAGUCACCAAGUUCAGAGCGCACGACAAGUACUUGACCAGGUGUUUACUGAGCCCAGACGUGAGGUACUUGGCAACCUGCUCAGCAGAUACCACUGUCAAGAUAUGGAGCACUUCGAGGUACGAAUUCGCGCUGGAAAAGACGCUCGUGGGGCAUCAAAGAUGGGUGUGGGACGCGGCUUUCAGUGCAGAUAGCGCCUAUCUCGUCACUGCCUCUUCGGAUCAUGUAGCCAGAUUAUGGGAAUUGGCGAGCGGAGAGACUGUGCGGCAGUACAAUGGGCACAACAAAGCGGUCGUCUGCUGCGCUCUCAACGAUUCACAGCUGGAACAAUGAGAUGCCCCAAUCCGGUUUCAUCAUGAGCGGAGUGGGGCCCAAAGAUUCUUCGGAGACCCGAGUUUGAUGCGACGGCGAUCUCUGCACAGGAUCAUGACGCGCACUGGAUUGAGAUUUGGCACGAUGUGCUGCCACUGUGGUGGGCCGUGCCCCUUGGCACUCGGCGUAGUCGGCCGCCUCCUCCUCUUCCUCCUCCCCGACUGCGCAGCUUGCCCACGUCACCCUGUCACAAAAGACUGUAGGCAAUGCGGCUGCGCCACACCUCGAAGGGAGAAGAUGCCCCAUCGAUCAUGCCGCCGAAGCUCCAUAUUACACUGCGCUCCCGAAG